UAAUGAAUGGCGGGUGGGAAAUUUAUAAAUUCCCAAGACCGAAGGCUUCCUUUUGAUAAUAUUUCAUAGUUGAAAUAUAAAAAAGGUCGGGAGAGUCAGAUGUCUGUACCCCGAUUACGUAAUUAACGAGUGUCGGUGCUGCAAGAAGCGGAACGACGGGAGCUUCGUCUUCAAACCCCAUCGUUUCUAGACUUUGCUGGUUCAUCAAAACCGAAUCCUCUCAAACAGCCUUAGUUAAAACCAGAACCCUCGAGAUGGAGAACUAGUUAGGAUUGAAGGAGAUUCACUUGGUUGCAUAAUGAGAUGGAUGCCAAUGAAGCUGACCCACCAACAAGUAUUAGGAGGGGAGAAGUACCAGCUCUAUAGCUGGUUACAUGUAGUCAUUGGAAGGACUUAGUUCCCAAUUCGGAUUAAGGGUGCAUGCUAGCUAUAGCUAGAAAUCUUGUAUCAGCCAGCUGAAUAUCUGUUAUGGGACAACAGAGAUCCUACCAUAUUGAAUUUUUGGUGAACAGCUGAAUAUCUGUUCAUGAAUGCAGCAAAUUACUUGGCAUGCGUGUUAUUGUUUCCUAUCAGGACUUGGGAGGGAUCAUUGUCGCAAGUUGGAAUAGAUCGACUGGCAUGCUAAACCAGAGCUCAUUUGCCAGCAGUUUGUUGUGUAUGGGAAGCCACAAGAUGAUUUUGAACAACCUUCUACUAAAAGCUCGUUAUCCUUUCUUAUCAUUUUAGGCUCUAACAUGCUCAUGAAGUCUUAAAUUGAACUGAGAUGUCAGGACAAUAUUGCAGGAGUAAAUGAUGUUUUUUGAACUUCAUGAAGAUAUUUGCUUGCAUCUUAAAGUUUACAUGGUGAAUACUAAAAUCAAUGCUCAAGUGUAUAAAUGAUGGAAAUCUUUAAAGCUGCAAAAGAAAGAUUGGGAUUUAAUUUCAGGAGGUGCACGACAAUCUUGGUUUUGUCUUUCAUUGUUUUGGCUGUGCUAGUGAGGGUCUUUGUCUCGUAUCAAGACUCGGCAUUUGAUCUAAUUGGGGGUUUAGCUAAAGCUAAGGUUUCUCCAGCAAAUACUCAAGAUGUUGCAGCAUUAGGUUUUGCCUCAAUAAAUGAUUCCUCUCAACCAACUAGCUUGCCUGAUCAGAAGGUGCUUAAUGAACAGCUGCCACCCAGAUUUGGCAACGGAUCAAUUUCAAAAAAUGAGUCCUCUCAGCCUACCAGCAUACGUGAUGACACACUGGUUAAUGGACUUUUGGCUCCUGGAUCUGGUGAUGGAUCAAGUUCAAAAAACGAUUCCUCUCAGCCUACCAGCGAGCCUGAUGAUAAACCUCUUUCCUCUCAGCCUACCAGCAAGCCUGAUGAUAAGCUGCUUGGUCAACCAUUGGCUCCUGGAUUUGUUGAAGAAUUAGGUUUGAAAACUGAUUCCUCGCAACCUACCAAAAUGGCUAAUGAUAAAUUGCUUGACGGGCUUCUAUCCCCUGGGUUUGAUGAAAAAUCCUGCUUGAGUAGAUACCGUUCUUUCCUAUACCGCAAAGCUUCUCAACAUAAGCCCUCUCCCUAUCUCCUUUCCAAGCUACGCGAGUAUGAAGAUCUUCAUAAACGUUGCGGACCAUACACCAGAUCUUACAAUGAAACAUUAAAGAGACUCAAAUCUAGCCAUACAGGUAGUACUGGUGGGUGUAAUUACAUUGUCUGGUUGGGUUCUAACGGGAUGGGGAACAGGAUAAUAAGCAUGGCUUCAACAUUUCUUUAUGCUCUCCUUGCAAAUCGAGUCCUACUUGUUGAUCAUGGCAGGGACAUGACUCACCUCUUUUGCGAGCCAUUUCCCAACACGUCAUGGAUAUUGCCCAUGGACUUCCCCAUUAAAAAACAAUUCCAUACCUUGAAACAGAGACAUGAUCGAUUCAGAGAUAUAUCAGAGUCGUCGCCCCCAUCAUUUGUAUAUGUUAAUAUACCUCACGGUACUUAUGAUUUUGAUGAGCUUUUCCUGUGUGAGCAGAGCAGAGCUCUCCUCGAAAGAGUUCCUUGGUUUAUUCUAUCGUCUGACCAAUAUUUUGCCCCAUCUUUCUUCCUGAGCCCAUCUUUCAAGCAAGAGGUAAGCAAGCUGUUCCCAGAAAAAGAAACCAUUUUCCAUCAAUUGGGUCGCUAUCUUUUCCACCCCUCCAAUCAGGUUUGGAGAGUAAUUACAAAGUUCUAUCAGACUAAUCUAGCGAAGGCAGAACAGAGAAUUGGCCUCCAAAUAAGAGUAUUUAACCGCAAGACUAGUCCAGUUCAAGUGGUCAUGGGUCAGAUAUUAUCCUGUAUGCUGAAGAAAAAGCUUCUUCCAGAAGUUGAUACCCAGAACGCUGUACGUUCUUCUCCUCCAAAUAAUUCUUCUAAAACUAUUUUAAUAACUUCCUUGUAUUCAGACUACUAUGAGAACAUGAGUGCCAUGUACCAGUCAAAACCAACUGUGACAGGUGAAGCGAUCAGGGUUUGCCAGCCAAGCCACGAAGAAUAUCAACACAAAGCGGAUAACCUGCACAACAUGAAGGCGUGGGCAGAAAUUUAUCUGCUGAGCUUGAGUGAUGUUCUAGUCACCAGUGCCGGGUCAACCUUUGGCUAUGCUGCACAAGGUCUAGGAGGUUUGAAGCCAUGGAUGUUGAUUAGACCAAAGAAUAAAAUGGUUCCAGAUCCGCCUUGUCGACAAGACAAAUCCAUGGACCCUUGUUUCCACUAUGCUCCCAGUUAUGAAUGCAAGGCGAAGCACAAAACUGAUUCUUCCACUGUUGUUCCUUAUGUAAGGCAUUGUGCAGAUCGGCAGGCAGGAGUGAAGCUUUUUAAUGAUCAUAAACGAUUGUAGCGGAAACUACUUGUAAGUUGUAACGAUGAGUGGUAAAUUGAUUUAUAUUUUACUAUGUUGCUGCAGGUGCAUGUUCUUGUGUCGAUAUUUUGUAAUAUUCAUUCAUGCAUCCGUUGACAACAAGGACAGUUAUCAUUCUUUGCAAAAAAAUUGAAUUGGUGGUUACGGAAA